GCAGCAGCGAUUGGGGCUCCUUUGCGCAUGCGCGGCAUAGAGCCCGUUGGAAAGGGGCAGGGCUCAAGCGGCUGAGAAGAAGAAGAAGGAGGAGGAGGGAAGAUGGCGUCGACGGAUUACAGCACUUACAGCCAGGCGGCAGCCCAGCAGAGCUAUGCUGCUUACGCAGCUCAGCCCGCUCAAGGAUAUGCCCAGACCACCCAGCAGGCCUAUGGGCAGCAGAGCUAUGGGACCUAUGGGCAGCCCACCGAUGCCAGCUACAGCCAAGCCCAGACGACUGCUACAUAUGGGCAGACGGCCUAUGCCAGCUCCUAUGGGCAGCCCCCAACCGUAGAAGGGACCAGUACAGGCUAUACUGCCCCGGCUGCCCCUCAGGCCUAUAGCCAGCCCACUCAGGGCUAUGGCACAGCUACCUACGACACCACCGCAGCCACGGCCACCACCACCCAGGCCUCCUACGCUGCCCCUUCGGCCUAUGGCACCCAGCCAGCCUACCCCUCCUAUGGGCAGCAACCGGCUGCCACUGCCACCGCCAGGCCCCAGGAUGGGACCAAGCCUGCUGAGAGCAGCCAGCCGCAGUCCAGCACUGCCGGCUACAGCCAGCCCAGCCUGGGAUACGGGCAAAGUAACUACAGUUACCAGGUCCCUGGAAGUUACCCCAUGCAGCCGGUGACUGCUCCUCCAUCCUACCCUCCCACCAGCUACUCUUCCUCCCAGCCAAGCAGCUACGACCAGGGUACUUACUCCCAGCAGAGCAGCUAUGGCCAGCAGAGUGGCUACGGCCAGCAAGGGGCCUAUGGCCAGCAGAGCGGCUAUGGUCAGCAGCCCCCCACCAGCUACCCGCCGCCCACCGGCUCCUACAGCCAGACCCCCAGCCAGUACGGCCAGCAGGGCAGCGGCUAUGGGCAGCCCAGCUCCUUCCGCCAGGACCACCCCAGCAGCAUGGGCCUCUACGGCCAGGAUUCGGGGGGCUUCUCGGGAGAGAGCCGCAGCCUGAGCGGCCCUGACAGCCGGGGCAGGGGCCGAGGAGGGUUUGACCGUGGAGGAGGAAGUGGCAGCAUGGGCCGAGGAGGCCGAGGGGGAGGCCGCGGAGGUGGAAUGGGCAGCGCUGGAGAGCGAGUUGGCUUCAGUAAGCCUGGUGGACACCUGGACGACGGGCCGGACCUCGACCUUGGCCCACCUCUAGACCUAGAUGACGAUGCCGACAACAGUGCAGUGUAUGUUCAAGGGUUGACUGACAAUGUCACCCUCGAGGAACUGACGGACUUCUUCAAGCAGUGUGGCGUGGUCAAGAUGAAUAAAAGAACGGGACAACCCAUGAUAACCAUAUACCUUGAUAAAGACACAGGGAAACCCAAGGGAGAUGCUACUGUGUGUUAUGAUGAUCCGCCAACGGCCAAAGCAGCUGUGGAAUGGCUCGAUGGCAAAGACUUUCAGGGGAGCAAGCUGAAGGUCUCCCUCCCUCGGAAGAAGCUGCCCCUGAACAGCAUGCGAGGAGGAAUGCCUCCCCGUGAGCCCCGUGGGAUGCCGCCCCCUCUCCGUGGAGGUCCUGGAGGCCCCGGGGGUCCAGGAGGUCCUGGUGGCCCUAUGGGUCGUAUGGGGGGCCGAGGAGGUGACCGAGGUGGUGGCUUUGCCCCAAGAGGGUUGCGAGGGUCAAGAGGAAACCCUUCUGGCGGAGGAAAUGUCCAGCACAGAGCAGGAGACUGGCAGUGCCCCAACCCGGGAUGUGGCAACCAGAACUUCGCCUGGAGGACUGAAUGCAACCAGUGCAAGGCCCCGAAACCAGAAGGCUUUCUCCCACCGCCCUUCCCACCUCCAGGUCCUGGAUUCUUGCUUGGGAAGCCGAUGCCACUUAGAGGGCUCAUUUACGGGACAAAUAGUGGUGGCGACCGCGGUGGAAGGGGCAGUCCUGGAGGCGGCAUGCGAGGCGGCCGUGGAGGAGGCCUCAUGGACCGUGGAGGCCCCGGAGGGAUGUUCCGAGGGGGGCGUGGAGACCGAGGAGGGGGCUUCCGAGGACGGGGCAUGGACCGAGGUGGCGGCUUCGGAGGGGGACGCCGCGGGGGCCCCGGGGGACCCCCUGGACCACUGAUGGAGCAGAUGGGAGGCCGAGGAGGACGCCGCGGAGGAGGACCUGGGAAGAUGGACAAGGGAGAGCACCGCCAGGACCGCAGAGACCGGCCCUACUAACAAGAAGUCCCUCUCUCCCCACCGCUGGACUGCAUUUACUACCAGAUUUAUUUUUUAAACCAGAAAAAAAUGUUUUAAAUUUAUAAUUCCAUAUUUAUAAUGUCGGCCUCGGGCGACAUUAUGACGAUGACGAUGAUUCCUUGUCUGUACUUUAGUAUUUUUCACCGUUUUGUGGGAGAAACAUUAAAACACAAAGCUUAACGGUCGUGUGCCGAGUUCUUCUUCUUUGUUUCUGUUUGUUUUGGUUUUUUUAAAUAAUAAAAAUGGUUGUUUUAAGUGCAAAGAAAUAAAACUGUUUUGUUGUA